AAAAAAGUAUCAACAAAAGUAUCUCCUUAACUUAAGGCAGUUUCUAUCGUCAGUUGGAUUUUAACAAGACUCUUAUAUAGACGUACUAGGAGCUGUUAAUUCAAAACAAGGGAGAAUGAAAAAUAUAAUUUUCUUAUUGAAGAUUUACUUCAUGUUCAUCUUAGUUCAACCAACUUUUACUGUACAUGAACUGAAAGGCUUGGAUUACCAAAUAUUGGAAGAGUUGAUUUCAUUACGAAAAGAAGUAUCCGCGGCUAACAAGAAAAUAGAACGUCUGGAAAGUAAAGAUGCUGCGGGUGCUGCGGGUGCUGCGGGUGAUACUUAUAUCAGAUGGGGUCGCAAGAGUUGCCCUGAUAAUGAAACUAGCCUUGUAUAUACUGGUUUUAUGGCUGGAUCGGAUAAGAGUCAUUCAGGGGCUGGCUCUAAUUACCUUUGUUUAACCGACACACCGAUUUGGGAUCAAUAUAGGGAUGGAAAAGUAAACAGUCUCGGAAGAAUCACUGGUGUAGAGUAUCAAUUCUGGAACCAAAGAUCAACGGGUGCUGCAGAAUUUUUCGGAGAUAACAUGUACAACCAUAACGCUCCAUGUGCUGUGUGCUACACGAAACGACGUGUGUCAGUAAUGGUUCCGGGAAGAAACAUAUGUUCCAAAGGUUGGACGAUGGAAUACAGUGGUUAUCUCGUCACUGGCUACCAUGGCGACGCAAGUGCUACUGAGUACGUUUGCCUAGAUAGGCGACCGGAAAAGGUUGUAAAUGGGGACGCAGAUGAUGAAGAUAACCGGCUUUAUCUAGUAGAAGCAACAUGCAGUGGAAGUUUAGCUUGCCCGCCGUAUGUGGCAGGAAGGGAGAUAACAUGUGUAGUAUGUUCUCUGUGACUCACUAAGUGAUUGAUCACUCUAUAUAUGUAACAAAACAAUUAACUAAAAAAACCCA